AUCGGACAUUGUAUCAAGGAUAACACAAUGUCCGUAGCCGCCACAUGACCAAAAGGAAAGCUCCCUUAACCUCAUGGCAGUGGUCACUGCAAUUUGUCUAGCCACCAUGUCCAGAGGCAUAAGAUGUAGGAUUAAAUUCAGUGCUUCAGAUGAUUUUGAUUUCAGCAAAUGGGACUUUCCCGAAGAUCGCAUAUGGCUGCAUAUACCCGAGUCAGAAAUGAUUAUUAAAAUAUGCACUUUCAUUCCCGUUUUAAUAUUUGGCCUGAUUGGAAAUUUCAUCAUAAUACACUUGAUUGUAAUCAAUCGUUCCCUUAGAACGCCCACAAAUUUAAUUAUAGCCAAUAUGGCAGUGGCUGAUUUUCUGACCUUGCUCAUAUGCCCCACAAUGUUUAUGAUAAAUGAUUUCUAUCAGAAUUACCUACUGGGCUCAGCGGGAUGCAAAAUGGAAGGAUUUCUUGAAGGAGCAUUUCUAAUUACCGCAGUUUUGAAUUUAUCGGCGGUAAGUUAUGAUCGCUUAACUGCCAUUGUUUUACCUUUGGAAACCAGACUUACGAUGAGAGGCGCUAAGAUAGUGAUAUGUUUUACAUGGUUGGCUGGAAUUUUAAUAGCUUUGCCCUUGGCUAUAUAUAGAACUUAUAAGGUUCGCCAUUGGAAAAAUUUUACGGAAAUGUAUUGCAAGGAGAAUCCUACAAUCCUGCCAAAGUAUUGGUAUGUGCUAAUAACUGUAAUGGUCUGGCUGCCACUGGCGAUUAUGCUGAUCUGCUAUUCGGCGAUUUUUUACAAGCUGGACCGUUAUGAGAAAAAAGUUAUGAAUCGUGAACAUCCGUUGACUGUAUCAUAUAAGAGAACUGUGGCCAAGACUCUGUUCAUAAUUACCAUAGUCUUUGUGGUUCUACGUUUGCCUUUCACCGUACUGGUGAUUUUAAGAGAUCAAAUCAUCGCCAACACCAAUAACAUGAUCAAGGGAAGUUUUCGGAUUUUCUGGUAUAUAUCCCAAUACCUGAUGUUCUUAAAUGCGGCAGUAAAUCCCAUCAUUUAUGGUUACACAAAUGAUAACUUUCGAAGAGCGUAUGAUCAGUUACCGGUGUGUAUAUGCUGCGGUGAUAUCAAAACUAAACAGAAAGCUAAAAAUCACAAAACUCUCACCAAGGUAAGCGAUAAUGGUUGUUUGCCCAUGACAUCUUAUCGCAUACGGCCAAGAGGAAAUGUACGCAUGUACGGCUCCACAACGACACCGAGAAGUGACCCCGAGACGGGAUAG